AUGGGACAGCUUGCCAGUGCUCAAAACACUAGACCAGCUGGAGCUCUUCCAAGUGAUACUGAGCCCAAUCCUAAAGCUCAAGUCAAUGCGUUUACCUUGAGAAAUGGAAGAGCACUAGAAGAAGUUCCAAAGAAAAAGAAGAAUACAGAUCAUCCUGAAGGAGAAUUAGCUCCCAAGCCAGUUGAGGGGAAUGAGCAAGAUGAUAAAAGACCCAAGCCAGUAAUUGAGAGUAGGCCACCACCUCUGUUUCCACAAAGACUGCAGAAGCAAAGAGAUGAUGCUAAGUACAAGAAAUUCCUAGAUAUUUUGAGCCAAGUGAGUGUGAAUCUGCCUUUGGUGGAAAUUUUGCAGGAAGUGCCUAAGUAUGAAAGUGCCACAGUUCAGAGUAAAUUUCCUCCUAAGUUGAAGGAUCCUGGGAGUUUCACAAUUCCUUUGUCUCUUGAAAAACAAGAAGUUGGUAGAGCCUUCUGUGAUUUAGGGGCCAGUAUAAAUUUGAUGUCAUCCUCUUUGUUCAAGCAACUCGGAUUGGGGGCACUUAGACCUACUACAAUCACUUUACAACUAGCAGAUAGGUCACUAGUCAUGCCCGAAGGAAUUAUUGAGGAUGUGUUAGUUCGAGUGGGAAAGUUUAUUCUUCUUGCUGAUUUUAUUGUUUUUAGUUACGAGGCAGAUGAGGGAGUGCUCAUUAUUUUGGGGCGACCAUUCUUAGCUACUGGUGAAGCAAUUACUGAUGUGAGAGCAGGGAAGUUAAAAAUGAGAGUUGACAAUGAGGAGGUCACUUUUAAUGUGUACAAGGCACUUAAGCUUCCUAAGCAUUAUGGGGACUUGUGCAUGAUUACUGUGGUAGAAUCGAAGGGGAUAAAGCAGAGUCCUUAUGUGAAUUAUAGUGAUCCAUAUGGGACAACUGAGUUAAAGGAGGUGGUAUUUCCAGCUGAGCGUGUUAAGAUGAUUGAGAAAAGAACUAGAGAUGAAAGAGGAGACCUUCCGAGAGCGUGCAAAAAGGCUAGACUUCAUGGGAGAAAGAAGAAGAGAAAGCGCCCAGCCUGA